AUGCCUAGAACGCCAUACCUUACCCAACAUCUUCUUGUUGAAAUACUCUCCAAACUGCCGGUGAAGGCUCUGUUACGAUUCAAAUGCGUGUCAAAGCGAUGGCGCUCUCUGAUCUCUGAUCCCCACUUCAUCAAAGCCCACCUCAAUCAAUCACUCACCAACAUCCAAACACAGCGGAUACUAGUAGCCACUCCCUUCUUCCCUCUUCGUGUCUUUACGGUAAGCUUCGGGUCAUCAGAUAAUGACGACAUUGAUGUUACAGUAUCAAAGAUUGAUUUUUUAUUUAAGAACAUUAUUAAUCCUAAUCCUAGGUGGGAAAUCAUUGGUUCCUGUCAUGGGUUGAUAUGCACGGUGAACGAGUUUGGAUUGAUAUGUGUAUUCAAUCCGUCGACGAGGGAGUCCAAGCAGAUACGGGAUUGCGGGGAUGAUGAUGAUCAUCCCCGCGGUGGCGUGGUUGGAUUUGUGUAUGACCAUUGUUCUGAUGAUUACAAACUGCUGAAAAUGAGCCGCGGCAAUGGCAUGUAUGCAUAUUCCCUGAGAAAUUGUUCUUGUUGGAGAAAAGUUCAUGACUUUACUAAGUAUAGUGUUAUAUCGAAGGGGACGCAGCUGAAUGGAGCCAUUCAUUGGGUUUGUUUGGAGGGUGGUUCAGACAAGCCGCCAGAGAUUGCUGUUUUUCGUUUGGAGGAUGAGAAACUUUGGACCAUUCCUUUGCCUGCUGCGGCUUCCUUCACCAGAUUUAAUGAUGCAGUGGGACUAGGGGUGUUUGAUGGAUGCCUUUGUAUGGUAGCAUGUGGUGGUGAUAAUGCAUUCUGGGCUAUGAAGGAAUAUGGGGUGAACCAAUCUUGGGCUAAACUCGACAUUAAACUUCCAUAUUAUUUCCAUAUCUUACCGCCAUUGACUACCUUGAGGAGGAGGAAUGAUGAAGAAGAAGCUAUGUGUUUGAUAAACUUCGACUUGUUAGUUUUAUACAACACAAGUGAGGGAACUUCUAGGGACCUUGUCGUAGUUGACGAUGCCCCGUUUGUUAAUGUUAAUGCAAUCACCUAUGUAGAUACUCUCCUAUCACCGCUCAUGAACCAUGGCAUCCUAACAUAG